GGGAAGGUGUAGUUAGCUUAAUGGCUCCCCGUAUCGCUGACGUCUAUUGACGCGGUAACUUGCGUGCCAGUGACAGAGUUACACAUAUUUGCUCAUUGAGACAAAAGCUCAUCCAUCCUGUGAACCGGAGGAACCAAACUUACUUCUUGCACAGCUCCCAAACGGCUGUUUUUAACGGUUUUAAAUCGGUUAACGUCCGUUUAACUGAACGUUAGCUGCCAUUAAGUAACGUUAGCAACGCUCAUCGAACAUCCUGGCCGUUAGGAUUCAUAGGAUUACUUUACACUGUGGCUGUUAUUGUUUGAUCGAGAUGGUGGAGUUACCCACUUUAUUAAACUGUACAACUAACACCAGAUGGCUAAAUUAUGAGAGGGAAAAAGUUAACAGUAUUGGCUGUCUGUCGGGCCUAGCUAUGUUCCGUGACUCCAGUGACUAUGGAAGAAGUACAGCAGGGCAGCAAUGGCACUGAGUCACAGACUACGACCAUUCCUACUACCAUCUCAACCUCUCAGUUCUCACAGAUAGCCCAACAGAUGUCACUGGGUGGUUCUUCUGUGACCGUUGUCCAGCUGCCAGGGGGGCAGUUUCAGGUUCAAGGAGUGAUCCAGUCUGCACAGUCCUCAGUCAUUCAGUCCCCUCAGGCGCAGAAUACACAGGCCCAGUGUUCAGAUAGUGACGAUUCACAGGACUCAUCAGACAGUGGAGGUGCAGCGCAAAAGACCAGAGAAAUACUGGCAAGACGGCCGUCAUACAGAAAAAUCCUAAAUGAACUUUCAUCUGAGGAAGUGACACAUAUUGAGGGAAAGGAUAACAGCCCAGCAUCCACAGGAGUGACAGGAGUCACAGUGCCCACCACCGGACUCUACCAGACCAGUAGCGGACAGUAUAUUACCAUAGCUGCUAAUGGCACAAUCCAGCUGGCAACUCCAGGGUCCGAAGGCCUGCAGGGGCUGCAGGGACUGCAGGCUGUUACCAUGAGCAACUCUGGUGGAGCCCAGCAAGGUACCACCAUCCUUCAGUAUGCCCAAACCCCUGAUGGACAGCAGAUACUAGUGCCAAGUAACCAGGUUGUUGUACAAGGUGCAGGAGGAGAGGUGCAAACAUACCAGAUCCGUACAGCGCCCACAUCCAGCUCCCUGCCACAGACGGUAGUGAUGACCUCUCCUGUGGGACUAUCUCAGGGAAAGAGUGAUGAUCCAACAAUGAAGAGGGAAAUUAGGCUUGCAAAAAACAGAGAGGCAGCCCGUGAAUGUAGGAGGAAGAAAAAGGAAUAUGUUAAAUGUCUGGAAAACCGCGUAGCUGUUCUUGAGAACCAAAACAAGACCCUGAUUGAGGAACUCAAAACAUUAAAGGACCUUUAUUGCGUUAAAACAGGAUAACCUGUUUGAAUAGAGCUGGAAGAUUGAGACGUAGUAUGGCAGCGGCACAGCUCAGCCUUUUGGACAUAACAGGGUUUCUGGGAACACUUCAUUUCAGGCUGAGAUCCUUCAGAUUUUUUACUCUGUUUGAUAUAAAAGUGACUUGUGAUGGCAGUGAAAUAUAUCUAUAAAUACAAGAGAAAUUGGCCAUUUUUCCACCUGUUUUUUAAAAUUUGCUAAUGCUAUAACAUUUAUAGUUGUGUACAUUUUUAAUGAUGGGAGGUUUGAAAUUGUGCGCUUUUAACUUUUAAGUCUCAAUUUCUAAAUGUGUCCCUUUCCUUUUUUUCUUGUGUUUUUAAAAUGUUGCUGUUGGAGGGUUGUUUUUAAAAAAAAAAUCUUUUAACAGCAUCUUCAGAAUUCUGACUGUAUGAUUACUACACAGACAUAAUUCCUGUUUAUUUUUUGAACCAGCAAUACCCCUUAUUUCCCCGUAAGGAGAUGUUACAAUUGUCAUUCCUUAUUUUUGUGCAAUGGAAUAUAAAGGGUAAUAGAAAAGGUGACAAUGAGUAUGGUUUAUUUGGUUGUUUUCUUGGCAGUUACUUAGACAAUCAGGGAAAAAGCACAGUGUCAAGGUAAUAUUUAUUAUGUACAUCUUGGGAAGGGUGGGGAAGAAGAACAAACAGUGUAUGAAAUGUUGCUGAUUCUGUAAGUAAAUAAAUAUAUUUUCACUCAAUA